UUUUUUUUUUAACAUAAAUCUUAGUCAUGAAAAAUAUAAAUGAAAAUUCAAAGACGAUUACAGCUAAAUCGAGUUAUUAUUUGUCAUUAAAUGCUUCAUUUGAAGGCGAAGAAUUUAAACGUUUAAACGAAAUACUUUCUUCCUCUGAACAAUUAGCUUUCUUUCAAACUUAUUUACAAAAUAUCCGUGCUCAUGAAAAUUUACUAUUUAUUGAAGCACUUUCUGAAUUAAGACAUGAAAAGAAUUUAAGUCAAAUUGAAACUAUUGUGAAUAGAAUUUGGAACGCAUUCUUAAUAGCAGGUGCUCCAUUUGAACUCAAAGUUAAAAAUAAGGAAUCUGUAGGUGAUUGCAUUCAAGCUCAUAAAUGGGGAAUUAUGACAAAUAAAGAAGCACUUUACAUAUUUAAAGAUGUUGAAAUGGAAGUUAAAAUGUUUCUAAAUGAGAAAAUCGUAGAAUUUGAUAAAAUUUAUAAUUCAGAAAAACUAACGACGUUUCCCUCUUCCAAUUAUAAUAAUAAAUAUCAAAAGAAGGUGGUUGUCAUUGGAGGUGGAUUUACGGGUUUCACUGUUGCUUCAACUUUAGAUCCAAUGCCACGGUUUCAUGUUACUUUGAUUGAUGCAAAAGAUUCAUUUGAAUAUACUCCUGGAAUGGUUAAGCUUUUAGUUAGACCGGAGGAAACAUCUUCUUUAAGAGUAAGACAUAAUGCAUAUAUUAAAAAUGGUCGAGUGGUGAUUGGUUACGCCGAAAAAAUUGUGAAUGAUGCAAAGGCAGUUAAAGUAAACAAUGAAUAUAUUCCAUUUGACUAUUUGGUAAUUGCUACUGGAAGUUCUUAUACAUCAAAAUUAAAAUCCUUUGAUACUUCUUCACUUUAUCGAUUAUCUGAACUUAGUUUAGAACAUAACGAAUUGAAAAAGGCUAAAACAGUACUAAUUAUAGGUGGAGGACUAGUAGGCUGUGAAUUAGCUAGUGAAAUUGGUUCUCAUACUUAUUUACCUCCAUAUGAUGAAAAGAAACAGAUAACGUUAAUUGAGUCAUGUGAUUCUCUUGUACGACGAACUCAUGCUAAACAACAAGCAAGGGCCUUCAAUUAUCUAUCAGGUUUAGGAGUACAAAUUAUUUUGAAUGAAAAGAUAGUUGAUUUUGAUUCGGGAGGGACAAAUUCAUUUUUAGGAUCCAGUGGUACCUGCUAUUCUGGCUAUGAUAAAGUCUUUUUUGCUACUGGUACAACUCCUUGUAGUGAUUUAUUGCAAGGGGACGGCGAUGUUGGAUUUGAAUCUUGUAUUGACCAUUGGGGUCGAAUCCGGGUUAAACCUACUUUACAACUGGAUCAUUGGAAAUACAAACAUAUCUUUGUUGGUGGUGAUGUGACUAAUAUAGUAGAAGAAAAGACAGCUUAUUCUGCCACCUUGGCUGGUGUCUGUAUUGCAAGAAAUAUUUGUAGAAUAGAAAAAGGGAAAUCUCCUAUAAUACAAGGUUCAAAGGGCACAUUACCAGCUCCUUCAAAACCCAUUCAUGGAAUUCAUUCACAAGGUGGGAUAGGAAAGGCUCAAUUGAAUCCUUUGAAAAAGUUUUUUGCAUUCUUAAGUCCAACUUGGGCUGCGUUAAAAGGCUUUGACGAAAUAGAGUUUAUAAACAUUGUACAAGGUGAAUCCAGCUUUAUGAGUAAAGGAAUUGGAAGGAAGCCUAAAGUAUUAGGUUUACCCAACACACUCUAUAAACGAAAUUCAUCUAUAGACGCAAUUUAUCCAGAAAAUCAUUCUAAUUCAAAUGUAUCAUAUAAGAAGAGAGUAGCCUCACUGUCUCCUUCAGAAAGUAUCAAACGUGCUUCACUUAUAAAUGGACAUGAUUUAUUAUUGCAAGUCUAUUCAACUAAUCUAUCUGGAAGUGAUGUACUAUAUAACGAAGUAACAGAAAACGAUGAAGAGAACAAACGUUAUCACAUAUUACGUAAUCCAUCCCUUUCUGAUCAUAAGGGAAAUGCUAAAGCAUACCGUAGUUCAUCAGUUGAAUUAUCGUACUAGUUUAAUUUAACCUUCUUUUUCUAUAGAUAAAGAAACAAAGAAUGCAUGAUAGAAUCCAUUUUACAACCUACAUUAGAUUCCCGAUACAUAUAUUAUAUACAUACAUACAUACAUACAUACAUACAUACCAUCAGCACAUGAUGAUAUACUCAUAUAUUUUAAUGCUUAUUCUUUAUACAUAUACACAUAUUUAUAUACAUAGCAAACGGGAUUGUCUCCGUACAAUCCGAAACAUGUAUACUAACUAACUAUACACAAAAAAAGCCUCCAUCCUCUCUCUUCCUUCCCUCCCCUCCUCUAGAUUGUAUUGACCAUCCUCAUUUUAUAUAAUGCGUUUAUUCUUACGUCAUAUCGUGAAUAAUUAUAUGAUAAUAGCUGCUAGCUUUCAGAAAGUAUUUCUAUGACGUUCUUUUACUAAAUGAUAUGUAAUUUAUUCUACUUUUAAAAGAAGUCAUUGAGUUAACUUGUCUAUCG